GGCCCGAAUCGGAGAAAACCCUAGGGCGGUCGCCUCCCCAUAAGAGCGGAUAGGGAGCCUCUCGACCACCCCGCCGCCGCCGCCACCACUCGCUGCAGCUCUCGACCGGAUAGGGAGCACGCCGCACAAGCCCUUCCGGCCUCCUUUCCGCCGCCGCCAAAAUGGUGAACGUUCCUAAGACCAAGAAGACCUACUGCAAGAACAAGGAGUGCAAGAAGCACACUCUCCACAAGGUGACUCAGUACAAGAAGGGUAAGGAUAGCCUGUCUGCCCAGGGAAAGCGCCGUUAUGACCGCAAGCAGUCAGGAUAUGGUGGUCAGACCAAGCCUGUCUUCCACAAGAAGGCUAAGACCACCAAGAAGAUUGUGCUGAAGCUGCAGUGCCAGAGCUGCAAGCACUACUCACAGCACGCAAUCAAGAGGUGCAAGCAUUUUGAGAUUGGUGGAGACAAGAAGGGCAAGGGAACAUCUCUUUUCUAAGUUUAUCAUCACCAAUGUGUGUGGGUCUACUACUGUUCUAAAGACUUUUUGUCAAAGUAGUUCUGAAAGCAGACCAUGCUAUGUAUCCAAAUUCCAAUGCCUGACAUUUGCUCUGAGUGUUGGUCGACUUUUGGCUAAAUGAACUUUUGUAGCUUGAAUCGUCAUUGAUUCUGUUGUGUGUUCGAUUUUAUUCUGCCA